UAGUUGGCUUUCCAUAAUUCCUUACAUGUUACGGCAAUCAUGGCGUCACUGUGCAGAUUUCGUGUUCUUUCAAGUAUUCAGAAUUUUGCCAGAAUUCAGCAUAUCAGAAGUAUUGCAACCCGAAGUUCAUCAUUUGCUGCUUUGCAACAGGGUUUUGGGAAUUCAAGAUGCAAUCAGAAUAAUCUUAAACAGAGAAUUACAGAGCUGAACAGGCCAGUGCGUCAAUAUGGAUCAGCUGCCGAGAUGACCAUAUCCAGUAUCCAGGAAAGAUGUACGCUAGUCCUUAAACUAUUUGAUAAGGUGGACCCAGAUAAGGUGACACUUGAUGCUAAAUUUGCCGAAGAUCUUGGAUUGGAUAGUUUAGAUGCAGUGGAGAUUAUCAUGGCAAUGGAGGAUGAGUUUGGAGUCGAGAUCCCAGAUGAGACUGCAGAGAAGCUUCUGAAUCUAAAGGAUGUUGUAGAGUGUCUAGCUGAUAGACUGGAUGUAGCUCACUAACAUUCAAUAUCAUUGUUUUGUAUUAUACAGAUUUAUUGUAUCAUUGGCCAUGACCAAGUAAAUGCAGUGAAGUUCCGAGGAUGCCCCCCUUCUACCAUACAGGGCUGUACACUGGACUAGUAUUCCCAUCAUGCAAUGGGUGCAUCGUCAGGAUAUCAUAAUGUCCAGUACACAUGGAUAGCCAAUCUACCCCGGCAUUCAUAAAUUGUAUUUGUAUUAAAAUGUCAAAAGUCACAUGAAUAUUAUUCUGAUAGACCUCCACAAUUAUUGACAAUUUACAUGCUGAGAAUAUGCUCAUUCAUUUUCUGGGUGUAAUGAAAUGCUAUUCCCACUGGGAGGUUUCAGUUUCUCCUUAAAAAUAUUUUAUAUCCCAUCCCCUUUAGAAUUCAUCAGAAAAAGCUGAGAAACAUUUUAUGACUGUAUACAUGUAGAUAUAACCCCAGAAAUGCUUGAAUACAGUAAUACUUCCUCUUGAUUUCGUUUUCACAGAAAGAAUCUUUGGGGUCUGACAUUGGUUGGCAGAUUCCAUGUUUUGUCUUUUCACCAUCUGGUUUCUCACCAGAAUAUCACUGAAAAUAAUAAAAAAGAUUGUAGAGAUGGGCUGUUGAAAUGAGGGUUUGCAAUUCCAUUAGAGAAUCUGGUUCAAACCAGAAUGGAUGGGUUUGAUCUGGUUCCUAGUCUGGUUAGGUCUGGCUGGUGUUGUACUUCCUCCAACACCUAUGAAUACAUGGUUGUAAUUGGAUUUGAUCAGAGUAUUUGGUAGCAAUUAAAAUGUUUUGACGACACCA